AUGGAAGGGAAGCAUGAGCAGCUCCCCGCCAAAGCACAACGCAUUCUCCGGUCAAACACCAGUUCAGUCGGGUCCGGUCCUCUGGGCUCUUUCUUCACCGGUCUGGACCAAAGUGCAGUCCAGCAUCUGAAGCUGGACGGGGGAGAAGCGAGUGGAGCCGAGGGCAUGGCCUUCGUGCUGAGACACAGAACUGCCAGUACUGCUCAGUCUACAGAGGAGACCACCUCAGGGUCACACAAUUACCUCACCGCCACAGAGUGCCCUUCUGAGAAUGGGAGUUUGUUGGACAGUGAUGCGCAGAAGAGGAAGGCAGAGCUGGAGAACAGAGGAGAGGAGGAGCCAGAGCAGGAGGAGAGGGCCAGUGGUGAUGAAGGCUUCAUGGGGAUGACUCCGCUGCUGCAGGCCCAUCACGCCAUGGAGAAGAUGGAGGAGUUUGUGCACAAGGUGUGGGAGGGGCGCUGGCGAGUCAUCCCCCACGACGUGCUGCCUGACUGGCUGAAGGACAACGACUUCCUGCUGCAUGGGCACAGACCGCCCAUGCCCUCGUUCCGCGCCUGCUUCAAGAGCAUCUUCAGGAUCCACACAGAGACGGGCAACAUCUGGACACAUCUGCUCGGUUGCUUGUUCUUCUUGUUCCUGGGCCUCAUGUACAUGUUCAGACCCAACAUGUCGUUCGUGGCUCCGGUGCAGGAGAAGGUGGUGAUCGGGACCUUCUUCCUGGGGGCCAUCCUGUGCCUGUCCUUCUCCUGGCUCUUCCACACGGUGUACUGCCACUCCGAGGGUGUCUCCAAAGUCUUUUCCAAACUGGACUACAGCGGCAUCGCCUUCCUCAUCAUGGGCUCGUUCGUGCCCUGGCUGUACUACUCCUUCUGGUGCUCCCCUCAGCCCUGCCUCAUAUACUCGCUGGUCAUUCUGGUGCUGGGGCUGGCGGCCAUCUUUGUCUCCCAGUGCGACUUCUUUGCCACGCCGCAGUACAGAGGAGUCCGCGCAGGUGUGUUCGUGGGCCUGGGUCUGUCUGGAGUGGUCCCUUCUCUCCACUUUGUGAUUAGCGAGGGUCUGAUCAAAGCCACAACUAUCGGGCAGAUGGGCUGGCUCUUCCUCAUGGCCACGCUGUACAUCACCGGAGCCUGUCUUUACGCCGCACGCAUCCCAGAGAGGUUCUUCCCUGGAAAAUGUGACAUCUGGUUCCACUCCCAUCAGCUCUUCCACAUCCUGGUGGUGGCCGGAGCCUUCGUCCACUUCCACGGAGUGUCCAACCUGCAGGAGUUCCGCUACACUGUGGGAGCGGGCUGUGCGGCCGAGGGCAACCUGUGA